UUCUCUCACUUUCAUCUCCUUCCUCACUCCAAAACAGACUGUCUGUCUGUGUCUGUCUGUCUUCUUCUUCUGUUGCUUCACUCUCUCUCCCUCUCUCUCUUGCGGGCAUGAAAAUUGGGGAUUAGGGUUUUGAUCAAAUUCUCGAUUCUUUCACCCCAAUGGCUGCUUGUUCUCUACCUCUACUGGAACUGACCUUUCUCUCACCACAAACCACUCCUAAACGCCGCCUUUCUACCUCUGGAGUUUCUCUCUCUAGAUUCUCUCUUAUUGGAUACCCUAGAGGCGGUGUUCGAUCCCGAAUCAGAGCGACUAAAGGGGAUGGCCUUGUAGUUGAAGAGACGAUCAACAAAGUCAAUGGUGUCGAGUUGGGUGGUAAUGGCGCUGCUGCUAGUACUAGUGGUAGCGAUUACGGGUCCAAUGGCUCGGUCAACAGCUACUCCAAUGGCAGUGCUAGUGGGGCGAGUAACGGGAGCUUGGUGAAGUUCGUGAAUGGCAAUGGAGUGGCAGCGGAAGUGGUGGAAGGAUUUCAAGUGUUGGAGACGAAGGAGGAAGGAAGGAGGAAGAAUAUUGAGGAAAUUGGAAAGGAAGAUGCGUGGUUUAAGCAAAGCGGGCUACCAAAAGUCGAGGUCUCUGUUGCACCUGGUGGCCGUUGGAGUAGAUUUAAAACUUACUCGACAAUCCAGAGGACCUUGGAAAUAUGGGGAUUUGUUCUAAAAUUCAUUAUAAAGGCUUGGUUAGACAAUCAAAAAUUUACUUAUCGAGGGGGAAUGACAGAGGAGAAGAAAACCUUGAGGCGUAAGGCACUUGCCAAGUGGCUUAAGGAGAAUAUUUUGAGAUUAGGUCCAACAUUCAUUAAAAUUGGCCAGCAGUUCUCCACAAGGGUAGACAUUCUUGCUCAAGAAUAUGUUGAUCAAUUGUCAGAACUUCAGGAUCAAGUUCCUCCUUUCCCUUCAGAUACAGCUAUUUCUAUUGUUGAAGAAGAGCUUGGUGCUCCUGUGGGAGAUAUCUUUGAUCGGUUUGAUUAUGAACCAAUAGCUGCUGCUAGUCUUGGUCAGGUUCACCGUGCAAGAUUGAAAGGACAGGAAGUUGUUGUUAAAGUACAGAGGCCUGGACUUAAGGAUCUUUUCAAUAUUGAUCUUAAGAACCUGAGGGUAAUUGCAGAAUAUCUUCAAAAAAUUGACCCGAAGUCAGAUGGUGCGAAGAGGGAUUGGGUUGCUAUCUAUGAUGAGUGUGCAAAUGUCUUAUAUGAGGAGAUUGAUUAUACCAAGGAAGCUGCUAAUGCUGAACUAUUUGCAAGUAACUUCAAAAACAUGGAUUAUGUCAAAGUCCCAAUGAUAAUAUGGGAAUACACUACACCACAGGUUCUGACAAUGGAGUAUGUCCCGGGGAUCAAGAUUAACAAGAUACAAGCUAUAGAUCAAUUGGGCCUUGAUCGGCAAAGGCUGGGCCGGUAUGCUGUUGAAUCGUACUUGGAACAAAUUCUGUCUCAUGGAUUUUUUCAUGCUGAUCCUCAUCCUGGAAAUAUUGCUGUGGAUGAUGUCAAUGGUGGAAGGUUGAUUUUUUAUGAUUUUGGAAUGAUGGGGAGUAUCAGCCCAAACAUUAGAGAAGGUUUGCUGGAAACAUUUUAUGGAGUUUAUGAAAAGGAUCCAGAUAAGGUCCUUCAGGCAAUGAUUCAGAUGGGUGUUCUUGUGCCUACUGGAGAUAUGACAGCUGUCAGACGAACAGCACUAUUUUUUCUUAACCAGUUUUGAGAGCGACUUGCUGCACAGAGAAAGGAGAAAGAAUUGGCGACAGCAGAGCUUGGGUUUAAAAAGCCAUUGAGCAAGGAGGAAAGGAUAAUGAAAAAGAAAGAAAGGCUGGCUGCUAUUGGGGAAGAUUUAUUAGCCAUUGCAGCAGAUCAACCCUUCAGAUUUCCUGCGACAUUCACAUUUGUUGUUAGAGCAUUUUCAGUAUUAGAUGGCAUUGGGAAGGGUCUUGAUCCUCGAUUUGACAUUACUGAGAUAGCCAAACCCUAUGCACUGGAAUUGCUAAAAUUUCGUGAAGCUGGAGUUGAAGUCAUUAUAAAGGACCUCAGAAAUAGAUGGGACAGGCAGUCUCGUGCGUUCUAUAACUUAUUUAGACAGGCUGACAGAGUUGAAAAGCUUGCUGAAAUUAUACAAAGAUUGGAGCAAGGUGAUCUGAAGCUUAGAGUUCGGGCUUUGGAAUCUGAGAGGGCAUUCCAGCGGGUUGCAACUGUCCAGAAGACUGUUGGAAAUGCAGUUGCUGCUGGAAGCCUAAUAAAUCUCGCAACAAUCUUGUAUAUUAAUUCCAUUCGAGUUCCUGCCAUUGUAGCAUAUGUCUUUUGUGCAUUUUUUGGUCUUCAGGUUCUCAUUGGCCUCAUAAAGGUGAAAAAGUUCGAUGAGCGGGAGAGAUUAAUAACAGGAACUGCUUAAACAAUUGUGGAGGGAAAUCCAGCUCAUGGUUUUACAAGUCAACUUUCUGAUCCUUGAAGAGAAUUAGGGUCGAUCUGGGGAAUGCAGACUAUAUCACGGUUCUUAUAGCAACAAAUAUGAUCCUGAACUUCCAUUUCACAGGUUUGUGAUGGUUUUUUUAGAAGCUGAGCACUGGGUCUUAUUCAACCAAAGUUUAAUAAGAGUUAGAUUUGUAACUCUAUUCGGUUAGGUUGGCUAUUGCGACUUUGUUUCAAGCAGUCCUAAAAUUACAUUCCUGAAUGUAGUUAUAUUGAAGAUGUGUCGUCAUUUUUCAGGACGAUGACUGUAUAAGGCAGCUUUCAGUCAUAACAUUGUAAUUUGUUUUGUAACUAUCUUAUAGCUAAGAGCCUGACAUGGCAUUCUGUGGUCUCCCAUCAAAAUUUGGGCUGCUGGGAUGUGCAUAAUUGUUGUAUAAUGUUGUAUCAGACAGAUUUUUGAAUUUUCGAGCUGAUAUGUAACUAUAUAUUUAACUA